GCAUGCGCAGUGCGCUCUCUUAACAAAACUCCCCCUAGCGGGUAGUUAGUUAAACCCGCGCCUCACAUUUCCUCCAGAAAAGCAGUCUCUGGCCCAACCCCAGAUAAACUAAUAUCAACUGAAUUCCUCUUUCCACCUGUGUGUGUCACAAUUUUAUGUUGUGUUUCGAGGCAAAGUGGCCUCGCUGUGCUGGGUUUGAGGUUUAGAGAGGCCGAGCUGUAAGUAGGUCGGGCUGGGUUUAAGCGGCUUAGCUACGUCAGUCUAAGCUGGGAGGAAUUCAUCCAAAACCCUGAGAGGUAGGCGGGGGCCUAAGCGAGGCUGGCCUAGUUAAGCCUGAUCCUUAUUGUGCACGGCAGCAGCCUGAUUUUGUUGUGCAAGGAAGCAGAGGGGCAAACCAAGGAGUGGUCGGAUUGUAUGCUCAUGACAGACCAAAGUCCGGGUUUGAUUUGGAAUGGGAAGAGAAGGAAAAAAGGAAAUUUGGCAAUUGAAUUACUGUUAACUUCAUAUCUCGGUGGACUAAGAGAAUUUUGCAGCAGGACGAGAAAAGACUGGUUGGGGCAGUGACAGUUGAAGGCCUGACUGGGCUUUUAAAGAUGGCAUCCGGUUCGGUGUUCCUCUCCAGCAUGGUUGGGAAGGCUCGCUCCUCCAAUUUUACCCUCUCCGAGAAGCUGGACUUGUUGAAACUUGUCCGGCCUCAUAUCCGUAUCCUGGAGGAGCACACUAACAAACAUGCAGUCAUCAUGGACAAGAACAAAUGCUGGGACACUGUAGCGGAACAAUACAACGCUCUAGGGGGCGAUAGGCCACACCGCACAGCGCAAGGCCUAAGAACCCUUUACAAGAGGCUGAAGGAGUCGGCCAAACAGGAAGUGAUGCAACGACGGCACGCCCAGCCGGAGUACAGGUCAAACGUCUCUGAGCCAACCAGAAGAAUCAUGGAGAUGAUCCCUCACCUGUUCCAACAUGUGUCCAUCCCUGAAAAGGAUCUGGCUCUGCGCAGAAUAAUGUACAGUAAGCUCACGUCUCCCACCGAGCCUCCUGGUUGCAGCUCCUCUCUAGCUGGCCCUCAGGAGUUCUCAGCAGCCGUCCCCGCGGUUUCCCAUGAGGCGGUCCAUCUGGACACGGAUGAUGAUAUAAAACCGCCUCCAGAUCUCCCACUCCCCUCCACACUUGCAGAGCCAGUGCUGGAGGCGGGCUCGGAGCUGAUGGGGGAACAGAAUGCCAACAGAAUCCAUGAUUAUGACGCAUCUUCAUCUCUGGCCCCUUCAUCUGUCAACAGCCCCAUCUCCACCUCGCCACUGUCUUUACGCCAUGACUUCUACCCCAACAGCAUCUACUCCAAUAACAUCUACUCUCACCACGAGCCAGAACGCUUCCGCCCUCUGCACCUGGCGAAAGAAGAGCACGAGCUGGUGCAAGCCAAUCACAGAAAAUUGGCCAUCUACCUUGAGGAAAAGAGAGAGGGGCUCAAGAGGAAGCAACAGCUAGAGGAGGAACUUUUGAGGGCGAAGAUCAAAGUGGAAAGGCUGAAGAUGGCCCGACUUCGACACGGACUGCCAGUCCCUCCUUAGCAAGAAGGAACAUGUUACAUGCAAAGGCAGAUAAUAGACCCAAUUUCACCACUUCAGAGUAUUUUCGUAUUGCCUUUGUCAAAUACCACUUUAGGUCAGCUUAUCGCAAUGGACGGUACAGUACCUAAAGUGUUGAGCUGGACAAUCUACAGUCUAUGGAUGAGUUACAAAAGAGGCGUCACUUUUGCGCAACACAGAUUUGUUACAUUUUCAAUUGAAAGAGCAAAAAAGAUGCACAGAGAACAUAUAUUACUGGAAGUCUUCAAACUUACUCUGCUUUGGUAAUGUGAUUGAUGGGUGACACUGUGUCGCACUCCUACGAUGUCACACCACGCAAGGGCAUAUGUCACCAUGAAAUUGUGCGGUAAUUCAAACACCCAUUUCAUUUGGUGGAUGAGGGUUUAUUGAAAAUGUGUGACAUCACAAUUUUGGUAAAUGUGCCUCCAACAGUCAGUUCAUGUUGCUGUUUUUGUUAAACCAACACUGUGAUUAAUGAAAAUGUUUUUUAAAUGUCGAUAUUUCACAAGGGAACAGACUAUACUGUAUAUAAUGAAAAAUAAUACAAAAAAGCUGCAUCUGUUGGAUGCCAUUUCUGCUUGAAUCUAUCCUAAAACGGUAUUAGGAAAAAUCAGAUAAUUCGAAGAUUUUGAAUAAGUCAGUGUUAGUGUUCCACUGUUUUUUUUUUUUCUUUUUCUUCAAAGAAAAUACAUUUUUAUGCAAGCAGCUUGUCAAGUUACACUAUGUUAGUUACAGUUCGAAAUUACUCAAAGCAAGCCUUAAAACACAAUCCUACAUUGAAGCUUGUAUUCUCCAAAUUUCAACACAAAAAUGUCCAAUGAGGCAGUUUGAUAUUUUUUUUCUUCCAAGUUAAAUUAUAUUCAACGUUUCCCAUUCCAGGCUCAGAAUGUGAACAUAAUGAGACCAUUUUAAUAGUACAGGCAAUGUUUAAGUACAAAGCACAGUAAAGUUAUUUUAAAAUAAAACAACUCACUACUACAUUUUUGACCAAAAGAUACUGUACAUGCAAUGGCUUAAAGUCAGUGUAAUUAUUGAUAUUUCUGGUUUUGGGUUUUGACUAGGGCUGUCAAACGAUUAAAAUUUUUAAUCGAGUUAAUUACAGCUUAAAAAUUAAUUAAUCGUAAUUAAUCGCAAUUAAUCUCAAUUCAAACCGUCUAUAAAAUAUGCCAUAUUUUUCUGUAAAUUAUAUAUAUAUUCUGUAAAAUAAAUUGUUGGAAUGGAAAGAUAAGACACAAGAUGGAUAUAUACAUUCAACAUACGGUACAAAAGGACUGUAGUGGGCAUUUCACUCUACUGUCAUUUAAAUCUGUCUAUGCUGUCCUCACUCUGAAGCGUCUACUUUUUCCAAAGCUAGACAGCUAGUGAACGACGCCUUAAUAAUUCUUCUUCCUUUUUCAUCUGAUUUAUUAAUAAAAUGGCCUCAAACCAUUGUCCUCUUUAGACCGUCGUAAAACUACAAAAUAAAAGUACACAAGCAUUGCAUUAGCAACAACGUUAGCUUAGCACGCUAUACAGGUUCACUAAACAUAAACAAAAAGCGUCUCAUACAAAAAAUAUAACAUUUCGCUUACUAACAUAAUAUGUACAUUUUUUACAACAACCAUACUUACGGACAAAUCUUGUCCAAGGAUCAUAUAAGCACAACAUUAUCAGCCCGAGACGUCGUGCAGCCAUAAUGAACUGGUAAGAAAACAAUAAACCAUGUCGCAAAGUGACCACAAGAGUUCGCUGUUGGACAGCUUAAAAAGCCUUGCUGUAAAACUUACCAAAAGGCAGAAUACUUUCUGAGCGGGAUAUGUGCGUUAAUUGCGUCAAAUAUUUUAACGUGAUUAAUUUUAAAAAAAAUAAUUACCGCGCGUUAACGCAAUAAUUUUGACAGCCCUAGUUUUGACACUUGCCUAUAUUGGUACUACUGCGUUGUCAUCAUAAAAAAAUACAUGAAAGAAAAUGCAAAUGAUAAUUACUGAGAUGUUAACUGACCUGAAGUCUCACAAGACGCCACCAUUUAAACAGGCUGACUUUCAGUUGUGCAACUUUGGAGGCUCCACUAUUUGUACAGUAUAUUGUCCUUGACUUUGAAUAAUAAUAUACAGUGGUAUGAAAAAUGUAUCUGAACCUUUUGGAAUUUCCCACAUUUCUGCAUAAAAUCACCGUCAAAUGUGGUCUGAUCUUUGUCAAAAUCAGAUGUAAAAACAAUGUCUGGUUUAACUAAAACCACCCAAACAUUUAUAGGUUUUCAUAUUUUAAUGAGGAUGGCAUGCAAACAAUGACGGAAGGGGAAAAAUAAGUAAGCAACCCCUCUGCCUAAGGAGACUUAAAAAACCAUUUAAACCAAUUUUUACCAAACUAUUUAAGUCAGGUGUGUGCACAAUCACUGAUGAGUGAUUUAAAGCUUCCCUGCCCACUAUAAAACACACCUAGUAAGAAUAGUCUUGAUGAGAAGCAUUGUCUGAUGUGCAUAUUGGCUUGGCUAAAAGAGCUCUCUGAAGACCUGUGAUCAAGGAUUGUUGAUUUGUAUAAAGCUGGGAAAGGAUACAAAACCAUCUCUAAAAACCUGGAUGUUCAUCAAUCGACAGUCAAAGAAGUUGUCUACAAAUGGAGAGAGUUUGGCACUGUUGCUUCUCUCCCAAGGAGUGGCUGUCCACCAAAGAUGACGCCAAGAGUUCAGAGCAGAAUACUCAGAGAGGUAAAAAAGAACCGUAGAGUGUCUGCUAAAGACUUACAGAAAUCACUGGCACAGUCCAAUAUCUGUGCACACAUCAUCUAUAUGUAAAACUAUGGCCAAGAAUGGUGUUCAUGGGAGGACUCCACGGAGGAAGCUACUGCUGUCUAAAAAAAACAUUGUUGCUUGUUUAAUGUUUGCAAAAGGCACUUAGACUCUCCGCAGAAGUUUUGCAAAAAUAUUUUGUGGACUGAUUAAACCAAAGUAGAAUUGUUCGGGAGUAACACACAACGUCAUGUGUGCAGGAAAAAUGGAACAGCUCACCAACAUCAACACCUCAUCCCAACUGUGAAGCUUGGUGGAGGGAGCGUCACGAUUUGGGGCUGUUUUGCUGCCUCCGGGCCUGGACACUUCAAAUGUUUAUCAAGAUGUUUUUCCGGAAAACCUGAGGCCGCCUGUCAGACAGUUGAAGCUAAAAAGAAGAUGGAUCAUGCUGCAACAAGACAAUGAUCCAAAACACAGAAGUAAAUCAACUUCGGAAUUGUUUCAUAAGAACAAAAUACACACAUUCUGGAGUGGCCAAGUCAAAGUCCAGACUUGAACCCCAUUGAGAUGCUGUGGCAUGACCUAAGGACAGCGAUUCAUUCCAGACAUCUCAGGAAUCUGACUGAACUACGGCAGUUAUGUAGCGAAAAGGGGCCAAAAUUAGUCCUGAUCGAUGUGCCAGACUGAUCUGCAGGUGCAGGAAGUUUCUGGUUGAAGGUAUUGCUGCCAAAGUGGGGGCCACAAAAUAUGUAAAUGUGAGGGUUCACUUACUUAUUUUCCCCCCUUCUGUCAUUGUUGGCAUACUAUCCUCAUUGAAAUAUGAAAAUCUAUAAAUGUUUGGGUGGUUUUAGUGAAAGCAGACAAUGUUUUUUUCAUCUGUGUGAUUUUGACAAAGAUUAGAUCACAUUUGAUGGUGAUUUAAUGCAGAAAUGUGAGAAAUUCCAAAAGGUUCAGAUACUUUUCCAUACCACUGUAUGUCCAGUUGGAGGAGGGGAUGUUACUUAUGACCUUAAUUGUUUUUUGAAACGUGAAUGUUUAUUGCAGUUUUGGGAAAUAACUUUUGGGUGUUGUUUUGUCCAUGUUUUUUGUCUUUUUAUCAAACAAGUCUUUAUUUUCUUACAAAUGAUUAAAGUGAAGUACACUUAAGUGUAUGAGUGGCUUUCAUGGUAAUGUGUGGUGUUGCUGAUGGUGUCUGUUGUUGUAUCUAGGAUAAUCUGCAAUUUUUUAA